UUUAACUGUUCACCUGUUCACCUGUUUACUUGUUCACUUGUUCACUUGUUCAUAAGGGAUUGGGAUGCGAGAUUACUUACUUGGGAGGAAGACACAGAACCGUAUGCUGUAUCCAGAGAUGCAAAAAUAAAAAAUAUUGCUAAGGAUUUGAAUGUCGAAGUUAAAACUUUUUGUGGGCACACUCUCUACAAUCCUGAAGCUAUCAUUGCAGCUAAUAAAGGAGAUGUUCCGCUUACGUACCAGAAGUUUCAGGGAUUGUUAAGUAAACUUGGUUCCCCUGCUAAACCUCUUGAACUUCCUGCUGUGCUGCCAACAGAGUCAAAACCUGAGGACAUAGACGAGAGUAAAUACGAUGUUCCUAGUUUAGAAGAUAUUUUAAAGAGAGCUGGGAAGAAAUCUGAUGAUCUAGGUCUGAAUAAGUUUCCUGGUGGCGAGAGCGAGGCCUUGAAGAGGUUGGAGGACAAGAUCUGUGAAAAAACCCGAGGCUGGGUUCUCAAAUUUGAGAAACCUAACACGUCUCCGAACUCUCUUGAGCCCUCAACCACAGUUCUCAGCCCGUACCUGAAAUUCGGUUGUCUGUCUCCCAGAACUAUGUACUGGCAACUACAGAGUAUUUACAAGACUGGGAAGCACACUGAACCUCCUGUAUCUCUGCAUGGACAACUUCUCUGGAGAGAGUUCUUCUAUACUGUUGGAGCUAACACCAGGAACUUUGAUAAAAUGGAGGGAAACCAGAUAUGUAAACAAAUUGAUUGGGACAGUAACCCCGAGAAGGUAGCUGCCUGGGCGGAGGCUAGAACAGGGUUUCCGUGGAUUGACGCAAUCAUGACACAGCUUAGAACUGAAGGGUGGAUUCAUCAUCUAGCUAGACACAGUGUUGCAUGCUUUCUUACCAGAGGUGAUCUGUACCAGUCCUGGGAGCGUGGUCAGGAGGUGUUUGAAGAGCUGCUGCUGGAUGCAGACUGGUCAUUAAACGCUGGAAACUGGAUGUGGUUGUCAGCCUCCUCAUUCUUCUACCAAUUCUUCAGAGUUUACAGUCCUGUCGCCUUCGGGAAGAAAACUGAUCCAACAGGAGAAUAUAUUAGGAAGUAUCUGCCCCAGUUAAAGAAGUACCCAGAUAAAUAUAUCUACUCCCCCUGGGAAGCCCCCCUGGCCGUCCAGAAAGCAGCUGGGUGUAUUAUUGGACAGGACUAUCCUCGCCCUAUUGUGGACCACACUGUCAUAUCAAAGAUAAACAUUGGAAGGAUGAAGAAAGCUUAUGAUGCAGGAAAAGCUGGCAAGGAGACCCCUAAGAAGAAAGAGGGAAAGGAGCCUCCCAAGAAGAAACAGAAAACGAUGGAUGGAUUUCUUGCCAAGAAAUGAUGGUCUGUUGACUGUACAGAGUAUCCCUUUCGACCAAAAAGUAUUAAAUAUGCUGAUCUCGAAUAUUUUUUUUUUAUGUUACGUUUAAUUCUUGUAUUUUCAGAA